CAUCCCCUUAUCUAGGGUAACCUGAGGCCGCAUUAGACCGCAAUUCACACUAUGAAGACUAUUCCACUAUAUGUAGGGGAUUCCAUUAUUAGAAGCUAUUAUUUUCCCGUUAGGAUAAGGAUGGAUAAGCCCGGGUGCAGGAGUGUUGCAUUGUAAUUGUGGGUGUGCAGUGCUUCCCUUUCCCAUCCCCCCGCUGCGAGUCCCGGCAGGAAGGCGAGUGCGCAUGCGUGUUGUGCUCGGCCGUAUGUGUGUAUGUGAGAGCAAAGAAAGCUACAAGUAACCGGCGGCGACUCUCCUCCUGCCCCCCUCCCCUUCCCCGGGAAGCCGCUGCAGCCAUGUCGGGACGUUCGGUCAGAGCAGAGACACGAAGCCGAGCUAAAGAUGACAUCAAACGGGUUAUGGCCGCCAUCGAAAAAGUACGGAAAUGGGAAAAGAAAUGGGUAACUGUUGGAGAUACCUCUCUUAGGAUUUACAAGUGGGUGCCGGUUGCCGAGCCAAAAGUGGAUGAUAUUGAGUUGAAAGUGACAGAUGAGAAUUCGGGACUUCUGAGGCGACCAAAACCCUGUGGAAAAAAGACUAAGAACAAAAAGAAAACAAAAGAUGAGAAGUGUGGUUCAGAACUUACCACCCCAGAAAACAGCUCUUCACCAGGCAUGAUGGAUAUGCAUGAUGAUAAUAGCAACCAGAGUUCAAUAGCCGAUGCAUCCCCAGUAAAACAGGAGAACAGCAGCAAUUGUAGCCCUGCCCCUGACAACGUAAACACACAGGCAGACAGUACUGAGAUUAAAUCUGAGGAAGCCCACUCCAAUAACAGUGAACACCAGGAUUCUGAAGUUACUUCAGGGCAAAAUUCUCAGUCAUCUGUUGAAAGUGCACUAAAUAAUUCAGAGAAAACGGAAACACAAAGCUCUGCUGAUAAAGAGAUUGCUACAGAGACCUCCAAAAAUUCUCAGGAUUCUGAUGAUGGUGCCCCUCCUUGCAAAAAGGCUAAAGGGGACAGUUCGCAACAGAACACUGAAGCUAUGUAGACUAUCUAACUCGGUUUCUCUUUAUUUUAUUUGGGGUCUGUUUACUGUAAGGUACAUUGGUUAUUGCAACAAUAGGACAGCCUUACUUAAAACGGUCUUUAUCUCCUUGGUGAGAAUAGGACUUUUUUUUUUUUUUUUUCAA